AUGAACUGGCCAGCGAGAAGUCCAGACCUAAACCCAAUUGAGCACCUCUGGGACGAAUUAAAACGAAGAGUGCGGUCACAUGAUCCUGCCCCAACAACCCUCCAAGAUCUUCAAUAUGCUGUUGUUGCGGAAUGGGUGAACAUUCCUCAAGAACGCAUCGUACGACUCAUAACUUCUAUGAAAGAUCGUAUGGAAGCA